AUGAACAACGAAAUAGCAGCUGGAAUAAGCAACAAAGAUUGGCAUCUCGGUGGGCCGACAGGAUUUCCUCCGUUAAGAAGGAAAAAGGAAGAGAAAGAGCCAACAAAGAUGCAGCAGAAAUUAGUUCUGUUUAAAAAGGGGGAAAGAGGGGAAGGGGAGGCGAAAGGGGGCUCAAUCAAAAAUGGCCGCGCGACGUAUUGGGAGCUCAAUAAUACGGCGCCGGCUGUUGUGGAGGGCGGCAGAGAACGAGAGCGCAUUAAGAGUGUUAGUAGGGGUGAGAGGCAAGAGUGUGUGAUUGGCGGAGAAAUAGUAUGGGACGAAAACGUUGGCGAACUUCAGAAUGUCGGCUUGUCUAUGACAGUUCUACUUCCAAAAGAUUGGCAGAAGCAUUGUAGAAAUACCGGUGUUGUGCUGGAAAAGCUGUCUGAAAGAGGUUCGAUUCAGGUUUAUACCACCAAAAUUAUUGCUAUACCUUCUCUGAAAUUGAAUAAUUUUGAAAAACAGGAUUUGUUUCGUGGAAUAUUCAUGAAAGCUUUAUCAGAAAUAUGCUUUUACCGCAGUCAUCAUCGUCGUUAUUCACUUCUCUUGGGUGCUCAAACUGGUUUUGUUUCGGUAGCGGCUUUGUUAGUGCGGCUUAAGCUAGUUUCUGUAGACACUGAUUGGUCGUAG